CAACUCUUAGCUCAUCCAAACAUUUUAUAAGCUUUCUGGAAUCCAAAAUUCCAAAUCCCAGUUCCAACCGAAAGUCGUUCUGCUAUUUCAUCUAUCAUGAGGAAAGGCUCUACAACAUCAACCAUUCUUUUCCCAGUCCUAAUCUUCUUACUUUUUACCAUCCAAGUUCAAGCAAGAAACUUGAAUGAGGUUAGUUGUUCUUCUUCCUGUGGAGACAUCCACAACAUCAAGUACCCUUUUCGCCUUAGAGGCGAUCCAUCCAGCUGCGGUGACCCCGAUUAUGAAUUCUCAUGUGUCAACAACAAAACCAUCCUCGAAAUAUAUACAGGCAAAUACUAUGUCAGAAACAUUUCAUACACUGACAAUCUACUCCGUUUAGUUGACGUUAAUUUCGCAAACGGAAGCUGCAGCCUCCCAUCCGGUUCUAUAGUAGAUCGGGAUGGCUACGUCCAGGACUUCCGUUACCGCGGCCAACUGAACUACUCAACUGAAUCUCGUAUCAGAUUUAUCAAGUGCUCAAGCAAUGUCACCCUGCAAAGUAUUGAGAAGCAUUACAACUACACUGAGGUUCCUUGUUUGACGAGAAAUGGAAGUUACAUGUAUGCUGUUCAAGAUGGAAUGUACUUGGCAAACAAUUAUCCACGGACGUGUUCGCUUGUUUCUGUGGCUCCUGUGGAUUAUCAUGAGGAUGUUUAUAAGUCCCCUACUUAUGAAGCCAUGGUCAAAGUGUUGCAGGCAGGGUUUGAUCUAGGAUGGUCUGUUGAGUGCAGGAAUUGCCAAUUGGCUGGUAAGCAGUGUGUAAUCGAUGCCAAGGCAUGGGAAACUAGGCCUGUCAUAUUUCAAUGCCAAAAAGAUUACCACGAACUCACAAGGUCUGAAGCAAACUUGAUCAUUUUGGCACUCUGUGUGGCAGCUCUGAUUGGUCUUGUUAUUAUAGUGGCUAUAUUGGUGUGUGUUAUCCGCAAGUUUAAGAAACGAAAGCAGCCUGUGAAGAAUCUGCAGAACCAGCUACCUUCAACACUAUAAGUAGUUCUUGUAGGAGUCAACCUAUAUAUGUAUACCCUCACCGUCUACAGCUGAUCAGCUGUUAUAUAUAACGUGAUACAGUUAAAUGUAUAAAAAAAUGCUUGUUAGUUUACAAGUACAUACAAUUUGUUGAAUAUAUGUUGAUCUUUGAGAUUGAAUCUCUUGUAAUUCAAUUGUAUAGUUUAAACACUGUACGUGAAGAGUUUUACUCUAUAAUCUACAUACUAUAAAGUUAGAGCAAAUGUAUUGUCUAUUUCUUUUAGAGAAAAAUGCAGUAUGGGCCCCUGUAUUCU